ACACACACACACACACACACACACACACACACACACACACAAGAUAAGAGAUAAGACCGAAGCUUCUCACGGCUGCCAAUCACUCUUCCCCUCCCUCCCGGUCGGUUCGCUCCGUCCGUCGGUGUGGAAAAGAUGAGGCUGAAAGAAGGCUCGAGAUAUUGGUAGGUGAUGGAAGAAGAGUGGCAGUUCCUGGCAGCAACGAAAAAAGCACCAGCCAUCGCCGCGUAAUCGCUCAGUACAGUGCCGAGCGUCGCGGCUGCUGAUUAACGCGUCGUCGAUUUUCUCGGUCGUCCGAUUCCGAUUCCAACCGAAGUAUUGAUCUCGCCCGUGUGGUAUUUUCCAUCCACCGCAGCCACCGACCGUCGCACAGGAUCUCGCAGUGUGUGUUGGUGUGUGUGUUUCUGUGUUCGAGAGGGUUGGUUCUGUUGCGGGGUAGCGGGAAUCGGGGUGCGCGGGAAUCGGACGGCAAAUCAUCGCACAUCACACACCCCGCGCGCCAAUGUGUCGCGCACAUAAUCUCUAGGCGGCCAGACAGCAUCGCGUAUCCGCGUACGAACACUGACGCGAAGUGAGAGCACGACGACGACGACGACGACGACGACGGCGCUGCUGCUGUUGCACCCAGCACGAGGCUACGACGGCCGCAGACGAUCGUGCGCGCUCCGAACCGUCGAAACGUCCCCGCACGCGCGCGCGUUCGGUGUCUGUGGUAGUAGUCCCCGUCCCGGCCCGGCAUGAUGAUGCAGUUUUUGCCUCUUACAGAAUGUGUACCACUGCUCGCGAGCCAAUAUGCUGCAACGACCAAAAUGUCUAACGCCGGAAUAGAGUACAGCGAGCUGAACGACCGAACGAAAGGAAGCCACGACAGCCCGAGCCAUACGUCCGAUACGGCGUAUGAAUCAUGCCUGAGUCCCCUGCAGCCGAACGAUAGCGGCAGCUUCAGCGCAAUCAACGUGUGCGCUAUCUGCUGCGAUCGUGCGACGGGCAAACACUACGGUGCCGCCUCAUGCGAUGGAUGUAAGGGCUUUUUCCGCCGGAGCGUAAGGAAAAACCAUACCUACUCCUGCAGAUUCUCACGCAACUGCGUGGUGGACAAAGACAAGCGCAACCAGUGCCGGUACUGUCGGCUGAAGAAAUGCUUCAAAGCGGGCAUGAAAAAGGAGGCGGUCCAGAACGAGCGGGACCGCAUCAGCUGCCGCAAGCCGAGCACGGACGAUAAGAACACCAUCAACGGGCUGUCGGUGAAGUUUCUGCUGCGGGCGGAAAACUUUAGCCGCCACUUCGGCGCGGCGCUGGACGAAACGAACGACGCGGAGGAGGCCGACCUGUCGUCGAAGCGGUUCGCCAGCAUCAACGACGUGUGCGACUCGAUGAAGCAGCAGCUGCUGAUACUGGUCGAGUGGGCCAAAUCGAUACCGGCCUUCGCCGAGCUGCAGCUGGACGAUCAGGUCGCGCUGCUGCGGGCGCACGCGGGCGAGCAUCUGCUGCUCGGGCUGUCCCGCCGGUCGAUGCACCUGCAGGAUAUGCUGCUGCUCGGGAACAACUGCAUCAUCACCAAGCAGUGCCCGGAUGCGAACAUGUCGCCCAACCUGGACAUCUCCCGCAUCGGGGCCCGCAUCAUCGACGAGCUUGUCAGUGCCAUGAAGGAGAUACAGAUCGACGAUUCCGAGCUGGCGUGCAUCAAGGCGCUGGUAUUCUUCGAUCCAAGUGCGAAAGGAUUGAACGAACCUGCCAAGAUCAAAUCGCUCCGGCACCAGGUGCUAAACAAUCUCGAGGACUACAUCUCGGACAAGCUGUACGAUUCGAGAGGAAGGUUCGGAGAGAUUCUGCUGCUACUGCCAGUGCUCCAAUCGAUCACGUGGCAGAUGAUACAGCAAAUCGAGCUUGCCAAAAUGUUCGGCGUCGCGCACAUCGAUAGCUUGCUGCAGGAAAUGUUGCUCGGAGGCGACACUAUCGAUACCUCGUCGACGAUCACCUCACCGAUAAACAUGAUGAACACCAACAACAGCCCAUCCGAUUCGUGUGAUACGACGCACCUCGCGCCAUCGAUCGGGGGCCCACCGGUGGACCACGAGGGGACCGACCCGCUAGUACAAAUGUCAUCGCUGAACGGACCGCCCGGCUACGGUGGCGAUCCGGACGGUCUGCUCAUGGACACGGUACCGAGCGCCAACAGCUACUGUACGCGCAAAGCGCCCGAUCAGACCACACCAGAUGCGCUCAAUGGGCAGCUGCACGGUCCAAGGAAUGGUGCCGGUGGUGGUGGUGGUAGUGGUACCGUACCUGCAGACGUCGGAUACAUGCAGCAACAGCAGCAGCACCAACAAAACCAUCAAGUACAAGCGCAGCAGCAGCAGCAGCAGCAGCAGCAGCAGCAGCGUCAUGUUACGGGCAGCUCGCCGGAUGGCACCGUUACGGUAGCGGACAUAUAUUUCCAUGCGCCCACGAGUGUCCACGGCCCAUCCUCGUCGCUGCAGCUCGACAGCGACGUCGCCAUGUUCAACAACAACAAUCUGAGCUGCUGCCCGGGCGAGAUGACGCACGCGCCGGACAAGGGCUGCGAGAUGGUGAAGAUCGAGACGAAGCGCGAGCCGGAAAAUGCCUAAUUCCAAAACCCACCCACAUCCCUCUUGCCAUUCGCAACUGUGUGCGUGAAUGUGUGUGUGUGCGUGUGUGUGUGAGACAGAGAGAGAGAGGGAGAGUUUAUGUGCGUAUAGCUUAAUCAUUCUCGGGGGGAUGAAAGCAAACCGGAUAAUGGUUGGGGGUGAAUGUGCAAUAGUAAGCAGAAGGCUAGAGCAGAACCAAGAUAGUGCUGCAGCAGCAGCAGCAAGAUUGAUAUUCACGACGACGGUGCACGAGAAGCCGGCAAACAGUUUAGGAAUGGGUUUUUUUUUUGUUUCUUUGUUUUGGUUUGCGUUGAUCGUGUGUGUGCGUGUUUUUUUUUUUACAUUAUACUCCCCGUUUUGUUACGGCAGGUUUUUGUUUUGUUUUUGUUUGGUUAGAUUUUCUUACGGUACGGUUAUGGGGCGGGUGACAAAGUGGUGACAGGGCGCUAGGUUUUUCUUCACGAUCGUCGCCGGUUGCUUUCGCGAUCGGUUGCGCCGUGACUGCAACAAACAAUACCGGUUGGUACUGUGCUUUCUGUUUUGGGGUUUCUUUCAAUGAAAAUGUUCAACGAAUGACUGGAGUAGGCAAGAAACAAAAAAAACAAGCAAACACGCCCGUGUUUAAAGCUAUAUAAGUAUAAUGAUGCUAGGGGCUAGUUAAGUAACCAAGUCAAAGUCAGACUCAUUCUGUUAGGUAGGUUUUUUUUUCUUUUUUUUUUCUCUCUCUCUCCUGUACAUAGAUUUACAACCGGUGGUGUGUGCACAUUCGGGAAGGUGAUUGUUAUACUCUUUGCGUAGUUUAGGUAGUCUCCCAUCCCCACCCAAUCCUUACCUCCCUUUUCACUCAUCCCCUUCGCGCUACGGGAUAGCGCGUGUUGCCCGUUUUUUCCCCUCUCGCAUCGCCCGAGCUAAGGAAACGUGUUCUAUAUACUACGUGACUUUGUUAUACUUCUUCUGUUUUCUGGGACGCAAAAGUGCAAAUAAAAAAAACGACUGUUAUUGUCUCUGUUUCCAUAUUGGUGGCCAGCAGUGGUGCGUGGUGCUGUGCUUUAAAACAAGGAAA